UAUUGUCUAUUAAGCAAAUAAAUGUCGCAAAUCACUUGACAUUAGAGUAUAUACAACAAUGCCGAUAUCCAAAAUAAGGCUAUUGUUAUCCUUUUGUUAUUUUUCACAAUACCAUAUAUAUACCAAACUAAUCAAUCAUAAUUUCUUAUCACAACUUUACAACAUCAAAAGUGUAUUUAAUGGUAUACAUGGUGGGUAACCGACUGAAAAUUCAAAAUUGAUGGGCAAUUAUCCAUUUCAUUUUUUGUACCUUUGUGCUUGAAUUAUGUGCCACUCUACCAACCAAAAACAGUUAAACAUUUCUUAACGACUUGUCUUUGACGUGAAAAUAAACAACUAAUGAGACUCUUACCAACGUAAUUGUAAUGCGAUUUGGAUCUUUGUUAUAUAACGUCUGCUAAUAACAUUCAAGAACAUGAUUAAGUCGUGAUGGUUCCUUAAUGGAAUAACUUAACCAAUGAUCAAGUCAUAUUUUAUUCCCUUUUUUAACGACUGGCAUCUUUGAAUUCGAAGUUAAACGGCUGUAUCAGAUCUAUAAGAUAACAAUAAUUAAUCUAAAAUUAAAAGUGAAAGAUAAGGUAAAGUUUUGGUGCUUAAUAAUUGGAGGAGAGACGAAUAAAAGUUUUAAAGAAAGUUGUCAUCUCUGUUCAGAUUUUGAAUUAAGACACACCAUAACCUCAUGCCAAAGUCAUUUACAUCACACAUAUAAGACUUGUGUUGUGUCAUGUAUGUAUAUAUAUAAACAACAAUCACAUCAUAACUCUUUGCUUAAACAAUUCAAAACCUCUCUCUCUCUCUCUACAAGUUUACUUUCUCUAUCUAUCUCCUCUGUUUUUUUUUCUUGCUCUGCUCCAAUGGAGGAACAAAACUGGAUAAGAGGACCAAUCAUAGGUCAGGGCUCAACGGCCACUGUCUCACUAGCAAUCACAAACUCCGGCGAGUUCUACGCCGUCAAAUCCGCUGAGUUUUCUUCGUCGGCGUUUUUGCAGAGAGAAGAAUCGAUUCUCUCGAGUCUGAGCUCUCCUUACGUGGUCAAGUACAUUGGCUCUAACACAACGACGGAGAACGACAAACAGAUGUACAAUCUCCUGAUGGAGUACGUUCCCGGCGGGAGUAUUCACGAUUUGAUCAAAAACUCCGGCGGGAAGUUGCCGGAGCCGGCGAUCAGAUCCUACACGCGUCAGAUAUUGAAAGGUUUGAUGUAUCUUCACGGUGCAGGGAUUAUUCAUUGCGAUUUGAAGAGUCAGAAUGUUAUGAUCGGAGGAGAAACUGCGAAGAUCGCCGAUUUGGGAUGCGCUAAAAUGGCGGGAAACGGGAGUUUGGAGUUUUCCGGUACACCGGCGUUUAUGUCGCCGGAGGUGGCGCGUGGUGGAGAGCAGAGUUUUCCGGCGGAUGUGUGGGCUUUGGGGUGUACGGUGAUAGAGAUGGCUACAGGGCUAAGUCCUUGGCCGGAGCUAAACGACGUCGUCGCUGCGGUUUACAAGAUUGGGUUCACCGGUGAGUCGCCGGAGAUUCCGGAGUGUUUGUCGGAGAAAGGUAAAGACUUUUUGAGGAAUUGUCUUAGAAGAGAUCCGAAAGAGAGAUGGGUAGUUGAAGAGUUGCUUAAACACCCGUUUCUAGAGGAAAAGGACCAAACUCAAUCUCUGUCUCUGUCUUGUCUGAAUACUUCUUCUCCUAGUACUGUGUUGGAUCAAUGUUUUUGGGAUUCAUGCGAAACCUCGAGAAGUCGAUUAGUCCAAGAGGAACACGUAGACACAUUUGCACCGACUGAUCGGAUCAAGAAACUGGUCGGAGAUGAUAAUUCCGGCGAACCGGAGUGGAUUACGGCGGAGGAUGGUUGGACUGAAGUUAGAGGCAACGGUGAGAUGGAGAAACGUAAUGAAGACGAUGUGAGUUGCGUCGAAGCAACGUCAUUGGAGGAAGCCGAAGUGGGAGGGUAUGAGAAUUGGAUCUUGGAUCAAGAGGACAGCUUGUUCUUGGAAUAUUCUUCCACUGAGAUCAACAUUUUUUAUUUUUACCUUUGUAACCUCUUUGAAGAGGAUAAUAUAAUUCUUUGUUAUAAUCAUCUUGAAGAUGGUUUUGUACAUGUUCUUGAUAAUCGUAAUAAUAAUCAUUUCUUUAGCCACGUUACAAUUCUACAAGUUCUAGUUUAUGUAUCACAGUCGAUACCGUUUUGACAAUUACACCAAAAA